CUAAGUAAACAGUGAAAACUUAAUAAGUGGGAAGCUGAUUACAGUUUACCACUUCAAUAGAUCCUCAUUACAGAGAGCCGUUUUCAUAUUCAAAUAUUAAUUAACAGUUGAAAAGUGUUCAGAACAAGCUGAAGCGAAACAAUAAACAAACCAAACAACAGUCUAGAAAACUGGCAACAAUUCCAAAUGUAAAUUAAUUAAAAUCUAAACUGAGCGUGUGUGCCCGUGUGUGUGUGUGUGUGUGUGUGUGUAUGUGUAAACUGCCAUAAAAAGCGAAUGGUGAAUAAAAAAACGAAUCAUGGUGAUGUAAAUAAGGUGUUCCGGAAGGAAGCCGGCGGAAAUCAAAGCAACGCCUGCAUAAAGUAAACUUUGUGGCAUCCUUCCCACGACUCCUCUCCGACCCCGAUCGUUGCUGAUUACGUAAUUACAUGAAUGUAAAUUUUUUUGUGCUGGCUUUGUUUUGUUGUCAGUGUGUGUGAAUAAGUUGUGAGCACACAGUUUUGCCGAGUCACGACCAAUUAAGGAAAGGCAAAUAGCGCACGCAUUAAAUGAUGAAGGAAGUCAUGUUUCAAAUGCGACAGGAAAUGAAAUGAAAGCCCAUCCAGCACCAGCAGAGUAUAGCACUAAACGGUUGUGUGGCAGCGCUCCAGACAAUUGGUGAGAACAAUAGUUGACAGUAACAAUAAGUGAGUUAAGAAUAUAAAUAACAAACAUAACAACAACAACAACAACGGCUGUACUAUAACAAGUUGUUGUUGUUAUCAAGCGAGCCACACAGCUUUAGAAUGAAAUGGAGAUGCAAAGUGAGGCUGGUCAUGGACCAACAACAGAAGCAGCAACUGCAACAACAGAAGCAACAUCACACAGCACAUAUAGGCGGCUCGACUUCAAUUGUCGGGUUGCACAAGUGGCACAACACGAACUCUGGCAGCCUUUCAUUAGCUGCGAGGCGGCACAGAGACAUGGAAGCAACAACAACGACAGCAACAAAAUUAGCAGCAGCAACAGCAACAGCACAACAACAUUCCAAUGCACUUUGCAGGCAUUCGAUAGACGCGAGGAGAGAGCAUUUUAUGCGUGCAAUUCAACAGUUGAGCAGGAGCAGGAGCAGGAGCAGGUUGCAUCGGCGACCUAUGCGCCCUGUGCCUUAGACACGCAAUUAUUGGGGUCGCCAGACGAGGCAUUUACGCAAUUCGAGCUGGCAAUGAAUGGGGGGCUUAGUGAUAAUGUGAGUGAUACGCAUAGUUUUAGUGACAGCUGCAAUCGACAAAGGCUCCUAUGCGAGCCCCAGGACGUGGAGGAAUACCACCAAAAGCUAACAUGCCAGCUGCAACAACUGCAGCAGCAGCAGCAGGAGCAGGCAACGACAGCCUGGCUCGACUAUAACAUCGAGCUGGGCACAGAUGACCUGUGGUCGUGGCUAAACUUAAGCGAACUGGUAGACAGUGUCGCUGCCAGUGGCAAUGGCAGCUUCAGCAACAUAACCACCACCACCACCCACAGCCUGGACAUGAUAAUGUCCAACUACACACUGUCCAACACAGCGCUGACCACGACGACGACGGUGACAUCAGAUCUGGGCAGUGACAUUGUUAUAUCGCGUAGUUUUCUCGACUAUACGCCGCAUGGCUACGACUGGCUGUUUCUGUUCGUGGUCUUCUUCAUAUUCGCCGGGGGACUGGGCAAUAUACUCGUCUGCUUGGCUGUCGCCCUGGAUCGCAAGCUGCAGAAUGUGACCAACUAUUUUCUGUUCUCGCUGGCCAUUGCCGAUCUGCUUGUCAGCCUGUUUGUCAUGCCAAUGGGCGCGAUUCCAGCGUUUCUGGGCUAUUGGCCACUUGGGUUCACGUGGUGCAACGUCUAUGUGACCUGCGAUGUGCUCGCCUGCUCCUCGAGCAUUUUGCACAUGUGCUUCAUCAGCCUGGGCCGCUAUCUGGGCAUACGGAAUCCGCUGGGCUCGCGACACCGUUCCACGAAGCGUCUGGCCGGCAUAAAGAUAGCGAUUGUUUGGGCCAUGGCUAUGCUGGUUUCGAGUUCAAUAACAGUUCUGGGUCUGGUCAAUGAGAAGAACAUUAUGCCGCAGCCGAAUGUGUGUGUGAUAAACAAUCGAGCGUUCUUUGUAUUUGGCUCUCUGGUGGCAUUCUACAUACCAAUGCUGAUGAUGGUGACCACAUAUGCCCUCACCAUACCCCUGUUGCGCAAGAAGGCCCGCUUCGCAGCCGAGCAUCCAGAGAGUGAACUCUUCCGCCGGUUGGGCGGACGGUUCACAAUACGGCCACAGCACAGCCAGCAACAGUUGCAGAUGCACAGCAGCUUCAUUAGCAAUAAUUACAGCAAUAACAAAGGCCAGACAAUGGGUGACAGCAAUCGCAAUUUCAGCAAUACAACAACUAGGACGAGAUUGUCGAGCGCCAGUUCGGCUAAUGACCACUCGGAGCGACCAUUGAUGCAGCAGCGGACGACGAGCAAUCGGAGCAUUGCCAGCGUCAGUUUUCGCAAUGUGGGCAAUGGAGGGGGCUCAAGUGGCGGCAGCGGAAAUGCGACCAAUAUUGGACGAAGUAACUUCCGAUUUGCUGGCGGUGGCAUCUUGCGACAAUCUUCGACGCCGACAACCACCUCAACCACAUCAUCCUCAUUCGCGGCACGCGGCAAACCCCGGACGAGCAGCUUCUGGCGCAAGCACGGCGGCAAUCCCAAUCUGAUGGACAGCCAUCCAAAUCGGCGUGCCUCGGUGCGCGGCAGCGUCUCACAACCGCAAUUGGGUUACACAACAAAUGGAAAUGGAGGCGGCGGUUAUGGAAGUGGAGUGGGAGGCGGAGGCGGAGGCGGUGGCGGUAGCGACGGAGCAACAGCUGCGACAACGAGCUGCAUAACCGCUGGAGGCGGUGGUGAAGGUGGCACAAACCGAAUGAGCAUUGCCACCAUACAGACAUCAGGCAGCGGAAGCGGCAGCCUCAAUGGCAAUCAUCCACUGGAGCAGGUGGCGACAAUGGCGUCGAUGACGAUGACGACGACGAAAGCGACAGCGAUGGCGACGACCCAAACGGUGACAGAGGAGCGACGCCACAAGCUGCGCCCCUUCAAAAUUGCUUUGAAUCGUGUUGGCACGCCUACGCUUAAUUUGCCCUUUCUCAACAGUCGCGCCAAGCGCAACAGUCUCUCGGCGAAUGCGGUGGCCACCGAACAGAAGGCCACCAAGGUAUUGGGUCUGGUCUUCUUCACCUUUGUGCUGUGCUGGUCACCAUUCUUCAUACUGAACAUCAUCUUUGCCGUCUGCCCGGAGUGCCAGGUGCCGGAGCAUGUGGUCAACACAUGCCUCUGGCUGGGCUAUGUCUCCUCGACGAUCAAUCCGAUCAUCUACACUAUUUUUAAUCGCACCUUUCGAGCGGCCUUCAUACGUCUCCUAAAAUGCAACUGUGAGCGUUCGGGUCGUCCGUUACGCUAUCGGUCCGUGACGGAGGGGCGCAGUGCACUGAGCCUAUGUGCCCCCUCCGCCCUGCCACUGGCAAUCUCGUUCCAGGGCGCCCCCCUAAUGACGCCAUCGACAACGAAUGCGACGCCGCUGAGCGAGUUCCGGGGCAGCUAUACAAUCACCGAUGACGAGUGCUGAGCGGAGCAACUCAAGCAAAUACGAAUUUAUGGGCCGUGAUUGGUAAGAAGUGCAAGUAAUCAAAGCAAAGAUAGCAACGAAGACAGCAGACAGACCUAGUUCAACCUGAAAUCAAAUGUAAACUACAGGGUCAUUUAAAAUCCGAAUCAAAUCCAAAUGGCAAACACAUACCAAUAUUCAAUACUUGAUGACUAUUUAAUUAUGUAGCAAGUGUUAUUACGUAAGGAAAGGCAAACUAUUUAGUAAACUUCAUCAUAUCAUGAGCAAGCGAAAUAAUGUUUAUAUUAGUCAGGCGUGACUGUACCUGUACUUUCAUUCUUCAUGCCACCCCAUUGUCACUGUACUUAAGACCUAAACAUUUCCCAAACAGAAACUAUAAUUUAUAUGUACGUAUGUAUGUAAAUGUGUACUAAAUACAAUUAGUAUUAAAAUGCGACGUUGUGUGUAACUCUAAGUGUUCGUUAUUAACUGUAGUUGCUGUGUUUGUUAUUCAUUUGAAUUAAUUGCAACUCGAAUGUUGUAGUGAAAUUUCUGUCUGGCAUCCCAUGAUGACUACUAUUCCAAGUCACGUCAAUAUAAGCGCCCCUCUGUUAUUGUCUAGCAGAUAGCUCUUAAGAAUAACUAUUUUGUCAUGCAUCAAAUGUAGAAUAAGAUAUGAUAGACAUACUUAAUAAUAAUGUAUAUACAUAUACAUGCCUGCUAACAAGAGAGCAUCCUCGUUGCUAUAUUCUACAAUAAACAUGUAUUUCUAUUUCAAUUGUUUACGUCUUCUAAGCAACUGAGUGGAAAAACUUGUA